AUGCGGAACCUACAGGUGCAAAUAUUUGGGGAAUAUGAGAAAUCAGUGGGCAAAACACUUUACUUACUGGGAAAUGCCCUGGCCCGAGUUAAAGCUGGAGAUUGCUACUUCUAUGGUAUCGGGACCAAGAGCGACUAUCUAGAAGCUGCCGCACACUACAGUAAAGCCUUUGAGCAGCAUCACAACGCUCGAGCACUAUUUAACUUGGCAUACAUGUGUGAGCACGGCAUGGGACUAACCAAGGAUAUUAAUCUGGCAAGGCGGCUUUAUCAAGUAGCUGCGCAGACAAGUCAUGAAGCUGCCAUUCCAGCAUCCCUUGCGAUAUUAAAGUUAGACCUGGUUGAGUUUAUGAAAACCUCUGCUGUCGUUAAGAUCACCAGUGUCUGGAAAGCAUUCCACAUGGAUGUUAUUCUAGAGUCUUUCUGGGACGUCAUACUAAUGUUGCUGAUUGUACCUUUGCUUGUAGUGUUGAUUGCAAAUAGGCGAUAAAGACGCAUGAAU